AUGUCACUGGGACGCGAUGCGCAAGCGAACCUUGCGGGAAAGACUGUUUUGAUAACGGGGGCGUCUGCGGGCAUUGGCGAGGCCAUUGCGCAUGCGUUUGCGGACGCGGCCGGAGGCGACAUCAGGCUCGUGCUUGCGGCCAGAAGGGCGGGCAGGCUCGAGGAGUUGGGCCGGCAGCUAGCACGCAGCGGGGCGAAGGUACACGUUGCUGGUCUUGACGUGAGCGACAAUGUGGCGAUCGAUGGGUUUUUUGCGGCUCUUCCGUCCGAGUUCCGGGACAUUGACGUGCUGGUGAACAACGCCGGCACGGCGCUGGGAGUCGAGCACGCCGGGAGCAUUCGGGACGAUGACGUGCAGAGCAUGUUUGCCACGAACGUUCUCGGGCUGAUCAAGAUGACGCAGACGGUGGUUCGCGGCAUGAAGCAGCGGAACCGCGGCGACAUUGUGCAGCUGGGGUCGAUUGCCGGGAUCGAGAGCUACCCCGGCGGCAGCGUGUACUGCGCGACGAAGGCCGCUGUUCGGAGCUUCACGCAGGCGGUGCGGAAGGAGCUGAUCGGGACCAGGAUCCGAGUGAUGGAGGUUGACCCCGGCGCUGUCGAGACGGAAUUCUCGCUCGUGCGGUUUGGCGGCGACGCCGCGAGAGCGAGGAAGGUGUACGAGGGAUUCGAACCUCUGAGUGCGCGGGACGUUGCGGAGGUGGUUGUGUUUGGGUGCAGCCGCCGCCCGAACGUGGUUGUAGCCGAGUCGCUCGUGUUCCCGAGCGCCCAGGCGGGUAGCUACCACCGGCACAGAAGUACGACUAGCGAUUGA